AAGCGCAUCGGAACUUCGAGAACUCUCCAUCAUGCGUGUGUUCAUCUAUCGGAGAAUCAGCAUCGUUUAAUAAAGGGGAAGGAAAGCCAACGGGAUCAACAAAAGGAGUUGUUCCAAAAAGCCAGACAGGAAGAGACAAGAACAACAACAACAAGCGAGCGCUCAGACAUGGCCAGCACCCAGACCAGCUUGAAGAGCUCCUUCAAAGGCCUGAGCACCUUCAAGGGCAGCAUGAAGCGCCUGUACCGCGAGCGUCUGGAGGACGCGCCCAUCAAGAAGCGAGUGAUGGCCGAAAUCAACCUGAAACGCCGCGGCCUGGAGUCCUUCCACAAGGCGGCCAAGGUGAAGCGGGAGCAGGUGGAGGAGGCGCACCACCCGCAGCAGCUCCACCACCGCGACACGGACGCCGAGCUGCACGCGGCCGCCUCGGCCAAAGCGCUGGACCUGAGCCCGGGGCUCAAACACACACUGGCUCAGUUCACGCUGAGCAGCCAGAGCUCCCUCGGAGGGCCGGCCGCCUUCUCGGCGCGCGGCGGGCUGGAGCCUUCCCACGGCGGCAUGCCCCCGCUGCCCUCCCCUCCCGUCCUGGGAGGCGGCCCCCUGCUGGUCCCCUGCGACAGCUCCACCGAGCUCACCCACUCGCCGCUGGAGGGCGAGUCCAUCUCCUGCUUCGUGGUGGGCGGUGAGAAGCGGCUGUGCCUGCCGCAGGUGCUCAACUCGGUGCUGCGCGACUUCUCGCUGCAGCAGAUCAACACGGUGUGCGACGAGCUCUACGUGUACUGCUCGCGCUGCGACGCCCAGCAGCUGCACAUCCUCAAGGUGCUGGGCAUCCUGCCCUUCAACGCGCCGUCGUGCGGCCUCAUCACGCUGACGGACGCGCAGCGGCUGUGCAACGCACUGCUGCGCCCCGGCGCCGCGCUGCCCGCCGAGCUGGGCGCCAAGCUGUCGGGCCAGGGCCCGCUCAAGGAAAGCGAGGCGGGCUUCCAGGUGGAGCAUCAGUGCCUGGGCAAGUGCCAGGGCCUGUUCCUGCCGCAGUUCUACUCGCAGCCCGAGGCGCCCUGCGUCCAGUGCGUGGAGUGCCACCUGCUCUUCUCGCCGCAGAAGUUCGUCAUGCACUCGCACAAAUUGCCCGACAAGAGGACCUGCCACUGGGGGUUCGACUCUGCCAAGUGGCCCUGCUACCUGCAGCUGGCCAGGAAGUACCAAGGCUCGCCCGAGGAGGCCGAGCUCAAGCGGCUGCUGGACGAGGUCAAGGGCAAGUUCCACUACCAGCUCAAGAGGACGCUCGACAAGAAGGCGGAUGAAGACCAGGAAAAGCAAGCUCGCAAAUCCUCCGCGGACCUUUGCUCCCCCGGCGGCAAGCUGGCUGAAGCCGAGCCCACGAGGAAGGGUAAGAUGUCUUCAACCAUGGUGUACAAUCAGCUCUUCCCGGACAUCAAGGAGGAGCCGGGACACCCCACCCUGGUUCACCCCAGCUACUACCUGUACACGUACGACAAGAUGGUGGCUCCCAACGUGUCCCUGCGCAGGGAGGCGGAGAUGAGCCCCGAGAUCCUCGGCGCCCUGCUCAAGCACCAUUACGGCCGAGGAGCGCCGCACCACGACGAGCCCCCCAUGGAUCUCCACGCGUCGCCUCCACUGGCCGAGGAGGCCAAAUCCCAACACGCCGCCGAGCUGGAAUGCCAAACCCAGGCAGUUUCCAUGGAGACGAGCAGCCUGAGCGCCAAGACGUCCGCCCGCACCCGCAGCUCUCCUCAUGCUCCUCCUCUUCAUCUUACAUCGCCGCCGCCCGCAACAGAGACGGCGGACGAGGACGACGGCUGCGCCGUGAACAUGACGUUGGGUGCGCUGGAGGACGACAAGGACAGGAUCGUGGUGGAGAUCAUGCAGAUGUAUGGCAGGCAGCAGGAGAAGCUUAACUCCACCCUGCACAAGCAGCUGCAGCUUGAGAUGGAGCUGGAGGCAUUGCGCGGCGGCGAGGCGGCGCGGCUACGCGAGCUGAGCGCCGAGCAGCGGGAGCUGCGCACCGAGCUGGAGGCGGUGCACAGCGAGCAGGCGCGCCAGCUGGGCCAGGCUCGCCAGGAGCAACUGGAGCUGGAGACGCGUCUGGAGCAGCUUCGGCAGCAGGCGUGCGCUUGCGAACCUGCCGCCCAGCGCCAGCAGGAGGCGCAUUACGCCGCGCAGUUGUCGGAGCUUCGCCAGAGGCUGGAACGCGCCGAGUCCGACCGGCGGGAGCUGCAGGAGGAGCUGAGGCGGGAACGGGAGGCGCGCGAGAACCUGGAGCGCACCAUCGGCCAGCUCAGGCAGCAGAUGGCCCAGUCGUGCGCCGCCGUCCCUGCCGGGGCCAGCCCCUCGCCGCCCCUCACCCCGUCCACAGGACCCCCCAACGCCCAUUCGCCCGCCUCCUCCUCCCCUUCCUCCGCUUUCUCGGAGGCCCCAAAGUAACCAGCGCUCCUCUUCUGCUUUCAUUGUAAGACUUUUGUAAUGAAACAUCAAAGAAGAGUUUUGUCUUUUUUAUUGUUAUUAUUAUUAUUAUUAUUAUUACCGGUACUCCUCCUUCUGCUCUCAGCAAGCAUAUUUAAGGACUUUUUUUUUUAUUUAAUUUGUUUGGCAUGUGACUUCAAUUUCUAGCCACCAAUCAUCAUUGGCACUGCUCGGUUUGCAUUCCCUCGGCACAUUUCAUGAAUGGCGUCCGCUCAUCUCCUCUGAGAGCAAAAGGAAACUAUGUCAUGGAAAACAGAGGACGACUACUUGACCCACCUCGCUUUACGAAGCCGUCCUCCCGCCGCAACACUGCAGCGUCCUUCAAACACCGCCGAAAAGAAACACUGUGCUACUUUUUCCGGUGACUCGACUCCACCGACCGACCGCCACCCCUCCCUUGUAGCCCCAUCUGGGACAGACAUUUUUUUUUUUUUUCUGCGAAGAAAAUGAAGGCAGCUCUUGAUCAUGACACGUGGGCUGCUGCAGCCCCGCCUCUUGAUUUGACUUGAACAUGGGAUGCAGGUGACAGCAGAUACUUUCCCGUUACGCUCCCAGGCUGACAAACGGCUACGGCCAAUGGAGAUGAGGAGGGCGCCACUUUUGGGGGAGGACACCCCUCCAGCGCCGGAGCAGUUUAGGGGGCAGACAGCAACACUUUUGGUCACGUUACCAUGCAAAAAUGGGGUUUUUAAUGCCUCUAAAGAAAUCCCCAUUACCCUGUGUGUGUGUGUGACUCUGUAAAAUGGAUGAAUUGAGGUAAAAGGGAGGGGGCGCUCUUUUGAACUUUUUAUGCAUCUGCUACAAAUGCAAAUUGAUAAGACAUUCCACUGUGUUCCAUCUCAAAGGCAGAUGAUGAGUAUCGUCGCAAGUCAAGUCAUCGUGGGGACGGCGGGCGACCUUUAAGGAAAAUUUUGAACAUAAUAUUAGACGAAAGAUUUCUAUUCACUUUGUACAUACACUAGCCAUUAAUAUAUAUAAAAACUCUUCCAUGGAUAAUCUUUUGAAGGUUAUAUGAAUGUGAGGUGGGGGGGGGGAGGCUUUUGCGUGGGAUCUUGGCAAAAAUAUGCAAACCUGUCAAGCGGAUGUGGAGAAAUAUGAUAUUUAACAUCACAUUUUCCGCCGAUGUUUUUGGAGUUGGGGGGAAAAAAACGGUCACUUUUUCUAUCAAAUCCACCAAAGGCCAUACUACAGUUCUUAAAAAACAAAAAGGAAAAAAAAAAGAUCAUUUAUGUGGACAUUUGUGGCCUUUUUCAUAACUAUUCCGCAGGGGUUUUUAGAAUUCAUGCCAGGCCAGAUCAUAUGUGAUGCUGGUUUUAAUGUCAUCAAUAAUAGUGUGCAACAAAAUGACAAUAUAUAUAUAUUUUUUUCUUUGCAUGUUUCACUGCUCCUAAUGUUUGUGUCACACGGACCGCACACUCAGAAAAAAAAAAAAAAAGGCUCCCACUCAUCGAAUAAUCAUGAACCGCCGAAGCUUGUGUGCAUGGAACCUGUGCAAGUUUUUGAAAAUCAUGAUGGGUUGAGUGAGUGUCUUUGUGUGCAAGGUUGACUGGCUUGGAAAUGCGUGUUUGUACACUCUUGACGCCACUGAAUUUGUAUUCAGUAUUAGUGUUGUUGUUUUUUUUGCGUCCUAAUUCAGCUGAACAAAAUAACAUUUUCAAUUCAAGGGGCCUGCUGUUUGAAGUGAACGAGACGUCUGCCCUUUAACUAUGAACGAUAUUUCGCAGUGUUACAACAUAUAGUAGAUAGGCUUUUGUACAGUUUUCUUUUUUUUUUUAAACACAAAUGGACAAACGUUGUCCACCACAAUGACAUUUACAUAUCCCCCGUUAGGGUUUCCCACAAUGGCGCCGCGUACUGUACAUAAAGAUGCUUAAAAAAAUGGAAUAAAAGACAGGAGAGAUGUGAAUUCCCGACAAGAACGGCAAUCGGCGAAUUUGGGUACCCCUGUUCUUUUCCUCUUUGGUGGCAUGCUUUUGUCAUCCAUCCUAUCAUUGGUGCGCGACAAAUGGCCUCGUUGUGUUUUCGAUGAUCCACUUCUUUCAAAAAAUAGAUUAAAAAAAAAGAUAUAUAUUAUAGAUAUAUAUAUUUGUGGCUCCCCCCAUGCUGCCACACAAUGCUGAAACAUGAAUUGCAGUGUCCGUGUAUGAAUAUGACCAUUGCCAAUAACCAUGUGAUGACUUGUUCUUUGCAUGACUUGAGACACUGAUCUCCUACCUCAUGUUGUGAUAUAUAUAAAUAUAAAUAUAUAUAUAUAAAAGUUUUUUUUUUUUAUGCAGAGGACACUCUUAACUGUUCAAUAUUGACAAGUACAUGACCUGAGCGGUAAAUGCUUUUUAGCUCUAUAAUACCUCACUUCUGGAAUCUUAAUGUUUUCUUUUCUUUCUUUUUUUGCCCUCAUUUUCAUUUCACACCUUGUACAUAUAACCUUGUGUAUAGACAAUGAACUUGGAUCCAAUUCAAGUAAAGUUCUGUAGUGUCAAGCCA